GACUCCUCUUCUCAGUUUCAGACCCACAAUGACUAGCAAGGAGAAGCUUGCGAAUGCGAAGAGCUCCUUGAGAGUGGAACAGUCUGACUGCCUUAUGGGGGCGUUGGUUUUCUUUCAUUUGCAGUUGCGCCGGGAAGCACGCCAGCAGCGAGAAUAUCUUUACCGCAAAGCCCAGGAGGAAAAGCUUCGGGCGAUCCAGGAGAAGAAGGAAAAAAUUAAAAAAGCACUAGAUGAGAACUGCCUCAUCCCCACGGAAUUGCGGAGGGAGGCUCUGGGGCUCCAGAAGGCUCUCGAAUUUGAUGAUGGGGGUGGAGAAGGUGUGAAAAGCCACAUGGACGACGAGUACCGCUGGGCGGGUGUGGAGGAUCCUCGCAUCAUGGUCACUACCUCCCGCGACCCCAGCUCCCGCCUCAAGAUGUUUGCCAAAGAAGUCAAGCUGGUUUUCCCUGGGGCCCAGCGUAUGAACCGAGGCCGACAUGAAGUGGGGGCCCUUGUCCGCGCCUGCAAAGCGAACGGGGUCACCGACCUGCUGGUGGUGCAUGAGCACAGAGGGGUCCCAGAUGGCCUCAUAAUCAGCCACUUGCCAUUUGGCCCCACUGCCUUCUUCACGCUCUGCAAUGUGGUCAUGCGCCACGACAUCCCAGACAUUGGCACCAUGUCAGAGGCACAUCCACACCUCAUCUUUCACAACUUCACUUCCCGUCUUGGGCAGCGGCUCACCAGCAUUCUCAAGUACCUGUUUCCAGUGCCCAAAGAUGAUAGCAAACGGGUCAUCACCUUUGCCAACCAAGAAGACUACAUCUCCUUCCGGCACCACGUCUACAAGAAGACCGACCACCGGAACGUAGAGCUUACAGAGGUUGGGCCAAGGUUUGAGAUGAAACGUGAUGAACUAAAAACCUAGAGCAAGGGAAGAAAAGAAGUAUUUGAAGAAGGAAUCUCUCAUGGAUGCCUUAGCUGGGAUUCCUGCAUUGCAGGGGCUUGACCCUUGGGGUCCCUUCCAACUCUAUGAUUCUGUGAAAUAAAACAUUUCUGCACUGCUCAAACACACUUCAUUCUAGCACUGCCCUUGGUGAAUGAGAGAGUCACAAGGAUGCAUUUUAUUGAUUCCCUUAUUAAAUGUAUAUUCCGCCCUUGCUUUUGAAGGAGCCCAGGGUAGUAAGCUCAUCCAAAAGAAAAGCAUUAUAAAAACAUUGUUUCAUCCGGUGAUGAAACAGCUGCCUGUAGAUGACCUGGGGCAAGACAAGAAGGGAAGAGUUCUCUUAUUCUUAAAAUAAGCAGCACUAUGGUUAGAUCUAGGGGGAAAUAAAAUUAUAUCGCUAUACAUAGAUGGAGUGAGCCUUAGUGGGCAGGGUUGCUAGGCUGGUUUUCCAACACCAAGUGCAAAGGAGCAAGGGGGGGGGGCUUGGUCCAAGUGAGGUGGUGGGAACAUCAGAUGGGCUCUACUGGGCCACAUGGGCCAUACCAAGCUCCCUGCUGCUUUGCUCCUCCUCUCAGGAACCAGGAGUGACUUCUGGUGUGUCAGCAACAUAGCCCCUGCUGCUCCUGCUCCUCCUGCCGCUGCUGCUGCAGAGUAAGAACAGAGGACUUUGCCUCGUUGACUUCUAGCAUAUUUAUGUUUAGGGUUUUGUCUGUUGUGUACCUAAGAGAAACAGCCCAGACAUUUGAGCCAAGGGAAGACCCAUUUUGCUACAAAGGAAAUUGAAUUCUCCCUGCUUCUAUAAAUUAAGGAUGCCAAGCACAUGUGAAUAAUUUCUUAUUUGCAUAACUUUUUAUGUACAUUUUGGUCAUUUUGUAUCCUCCUGAAGUCGUGCUUACUAUGGGAAAUCAUAUUCAAAAGAUGCAAUUCCUUAUGAGGCUACACUAAAUAUUGCCUGCACAUUUUCAAGCACAUCUUCAGUCCCAAUGGCUAGAAACUUGGUGUUUGUUUAUGUGUGUUUUGUAAAGUGAAAGCCAAGGUUCUUAGGAAUCUGGUUUUUUUACAUUCA